AUAAGAUAGGAAAUUACCAUUUUGUUUGACCACAAUGACCAGUAUGUUGCUUAGAAAGUUCCAAGAUUUAUUUUAGGUUUCACACGGAAACUUGCAUGAUAUUUCAAUAAAAAAAGCAUCUGUGGUUCUUGGAAAGUUCAGAGAGUCACACCAAGAGCAAUGUAAAAAGCAUCAAUAUGGGACUUUAAAGUUCAAAGAGUUGCUGGACACACCGAAAGCAAUCCACCUUUAAAGGCUCCUCUUGCUUGCAUUCACCUUCUUCCUAAUUUGUCUCACUUUCCGGGGUUAUAUUGCAAUCCCUUCACAGUUUUCUUUCUCCUCCUUUCAGAUCUUUACAGCUGUUUGCUCAUAAAUCUUGAUGGCUCUUGUGACCUGCAAAGAAGCCUCAUCUUCUUCUUUCACCCACCAACCCAAGAAAUUUGAUGUCUUCUUGAGUUUUAGAGGUGAAGAUACCCGUCUUGGUUUUGUAGGUCAUUUGUAUAAUGCCUUGUGUCAACGGGGUAUUAACACUUUUAUUGAUAAUAACCUUCAAAGGGGGGAAGAAAUUUCUGUAGGACUUUUCAAAGUCAUUGGAAGUUCAAGGAUUUCAAUAAUUGUAUUCUCUGAAAACUAUGCAUCCUCCAAAUGGUGCUUGGAUGAACUUGCCAAGAUUGUUGAGUGUAAGAAAAAAGACCAGUUAGUGCUACCGAUUUUUUACAACAUAGAUCCAUCAGAGGUUCGUAACCAAAAAGGAAAGUUUGGAGAAGCACUAUCUAAACAUGAAGAAAAAUUAAAGGAUUACAAGGUGCAGAGCUGGAGGGAAGCUUUAUUUGAAGUUGCAAAUAUAUCUGGUUGGCAUUACCAACAUAGUUGUAGCGAGUUUGAAUUUAUCCAAGGAAUUGUUGAAAGGAUCUCAAAUUUUAAAUUAAACUGCUCACCGUUAUUUGUCGCACGAUACCUAGUUGGAAUAAAUUAUCAUGUAAUGACCAUACUUUCAGAUAUUAAGUCAAAUGAUGGUCAUAUAAUAGGUAUCUAUGGCCCUAGUGGACUUGGUAAGACAACAAUCGCAAAAGCUAUUUUUAAUAGAAUUUGUGAUGAAUUUGAUGGAUUUUGUUAUCUAGAAAAUUUAAGAGAAAGAUCGGGGACAAAUGCUGGUGUAAUCGAACUACAAGAGACACUUCUUUUUGAGAUCUUAAGGAAUACAAAUUUAAAGGUGGGUAACAAAUCGAGAGGAAUCAAUAUGAUAAAGGAAAGACUUUCAUUUAUGAGGAUCCUUUUAGUUCUUGAUGAUGUGGAUAAACGGAUCCAAAUAGAAAAUUUGCUUGGAAGAUGUGAUUGGUUUGCUUCUGGAAGCAAAAUCAUUAUAACAACAAGAGACAAACACUUGGCAGCUACUCUUGGAAAUUGUUGUUCAACCUACUCGGUUAAGGAAUUAGAUCAAGAUGAAGCUCUUGAACUUUUUAGUAUGCACGCCUUCCAAAGCAACAAACCCAAAGAUGAUUAUUUGGAACUUGCAGACAGAGUUAUACAAUAUGCCAAGGGAUUGCCGUUGGCUCUAGUAAUAAUUGGUGCUGAUUUGUAUGGAAGAACUAAACCUGAAUGGAGAAGUGCAGUAGAAAAGUAUGAAAGAAUUCCUAAUGAAGAAAUAAAAAAAAUACUUGAAAUAAGUUAUGAAGGAUUGGAUAAAACUGAAAAAGAUAUUUUCCUUGAUAUUGCAUGCUUCUUUGAGGGAUUUCCUAAGGAGUAUGUCAUUGAUAUACUGGAUGCUUGCAAUUUAUAUCCAAUUCAUGGAAUUCAAAGACUUAUCGAUAAGUGCCUAAUAACCGUUGGUCAAUAUGAUAAAUUGUUGAUGCAUGACUUGCUACAACAAAUGGGUAGGGACAUUGUUCAACGGGAAUCACCAGACUUGCCUGGAGAAUGCAGUAGGCUAUGGUGUUAUGAGGAUGUUCAUAAAGUACUAACACAAAAUAUGGGAUCAGAAAAAAUUCGAGGCAUAAGGAUAUGCUCACCUGAAUCAUCAAAGAUGAAAUUAGAACCUAAAUGUCUUGAAAAGAUGAAAAAUCUCAAGUUCCUCAUAGUUAGUAAUGUAGAUAUUUGUAGAGUUCUCAAAUAUCUUCCUAACGAAUUAAGGGUUCUUGAUUGGUCCGGAUUUCCUUUAUCUUCCUUACCACCUAAUUUUGAUCCUCAAAAUCUCAUUGCAUUGAACAUGCCAGAAAGUCGAGUUACAUUGGACAAGCUUUUCAAGAGGAUACAAUGCAAAAACUUGACAUAUAUGAAUUUCAAUUCCAAUCAAUACAUUAGGGAAUUACCCGAUUUAUUGAGUGCCACCCCAAAUGUAAAGAAAUUGGAUCUCCGAAAUUGUAGAAAAUUAGUCAAGAUUCAUGACUCUAUUGGAUGUCUUGAUAAGCUUGAAAGCUGGGACCUCUUUAGUUGCGAUGAACUUCAAAUUCUCCCAAGUUGUAUUGUGAUGAAAUCUCUUAAAUAUUUAUAUCUUUUUAAUUGCAAAAGGAUUAAAAGGUUACCCGAUAUUCCCCAAGAAAUGGAAAAUUUAAAGUUUUUAAGUCUAGGACACACUGCUAUUAGAGAGCUUCCUCCGUCAAUUGAGAAUCUCACUGGGCUUGAGCGAUUAGAAAUAGGUUCCAGUUUCUAUUCGUGUCAACUUCCUAGUUGCAUUUAUAAAUUGCAGCAAAUUCGCGAACUCUUGCUUUUUGGUAAUGUCAAAUUUCUAAAGGACGUGGGGAUUGGUAGACAAGCAGCAACGUGCAAUUCUUACGGUGGCUUUUCAAAAUAUUGUUUUCCAAAGUUGAAUUUUCUAAAAAAGUUGACUUCUUGCUUCACCCACUCAGAGAAAUAUCUAUUAUCAGGGAGUAAAGAUUUGAACCUCAGAGAAAGCAUUAUCAGAUUCAAUAGAUUAAAUUGGCUUGUAAUUCGAGAUUCCAAGUUCCUUAAGAAAAUUCCAAAGCUUCCAGAAAGUAUAAGACUUGUAGAUGCAACAAACUGCAUAUCGUUGAAUUCAGAAUCAUUAAGAAAAUUAAUCCUUCAGUUUGGAAGAAUUUUAGGGCUUUCACCAAAUAUGAAAUGUUCAGGUGUGAAACACAAAGUAUUAAUGGAUUCGCAUUCAUAUCGCAAAUUAUCAAAUCAGAUUGAUUGCUCUUCCCGGGUCUCCCUCUCCAAGUUCAUCGCAAUUCAUAAUGAGUUCUUUCCCACUCUAAAUAUGUAUCUGUUUGAUUAUGAAGAGAUAUAUGAUAUUACAGUACCAGGAAAGAAGAUUCCGAAUUGGAUCAAUCAUCAAAGCAUUGAAAGUUCCAUAUCAUUCUGGGUUGGUCCUGAGUUUCCAUCAAUUGCUGUUUGUGUUGCUCUUCAUCUAAUUCCGUUGAAGGAUAGUUACGCUAAUAAUGAUAAACACGGUUCUAUUCGUGAUGAUGAUAUCAAUUGUCUUUUUCAUAUCCACAUUUCUACCGAUAGUCGUAAGCGACGUCUCAUGGUUACGCGGCGUUUUUAUGGAUUGAAGUGUGAUCAUCUGUGGUUUCGCGGAGAACCUCACGGCCGAUUACAGAGGAGAUUCGGAGACUUGAUGCAAGGUGAUCGGAAUCAUGUUGAGAUUUCAUGUAAAAUCGAUCACUGGGUAAGUGAAAACGGAAAAUGUGCUCCUGUGAUUGCAAGGAUGGGAGUACAUGUGGAAUGCGUAUGUCCUCCUCAGAAUUCCGUUAUCAUCCAACACAAUUCUCAAAAUGUUGCUGACGACACAGAACUGCUCGCACCUUUACUAUCACAAAAUGGUUCACAUACGGACUCAGACGCAGGAGACACUUCAAGCUCCUCUAGUCCCUGAAGACAUCUGAUUCAAGGCGUCCAGUGGAUAUAGCAAAUGGGCUUGACUUAUGGUAAUGGGUUUGAUUUGGGUUCUUCUUCAAUAGCCAAUCCCUUUAUAAAAAAUGACUCCAUUUUCAAUCUAUAUCCACCGUCAAAGAAACCGUGUCCGAUGCGAAGAAAUAUGCCCAGAUAUCAUUACAGGGCAAGAUGGACUUCAGCUUAUGUCUCCACUCUGCAUUGUGAAAUUCUCAGUUCUUUUGAACAGAUCCCCAACUGGCAUUUUCAGCAUUACAGGUUAUUCACACUUCUCUAUGGACCUAUCAUCAUCUUGUGGGGAUGUACAACUGAGCUAAGCUAUCUUAGUUGUCUGCUUCUUUGCUUUGAGGCUCCCAUAUUAAAAAUGAAAAUGGGUUCAAGUGACCUCGUUUUGGUGGGAGAGUACUGGGUGGUCUUCAAGGCUAUAAGAAAUUAUAUUUGACAAAAGGAUGGUGGAUUGCUCCUUUUAGAGUAUUUUAGAGUUUGCCGACCCAUUUUCCUUAUCUCUUCAGUGUGCUGAUCCAUGUGGCAAAUAUUUAAGAUAAACUGAAUUGCAAUUUCCUUUUUUUUUUUUUUUUUUUUUUUGAUUGUUUCAUUUGAUAAUUAUAUUUUCUUCCUUUCUAAGAAUCAUAUCAAAUAGUUGUAAAAUCGAAUUCAAAAAAAGAAAAGAAAAAGCUUUUCUCUAAUAGUUUUCCUGUCUUUCCCUGACAUAGACUUGGAGAAGGAGAUUCCUUUUCUCAGAUCCACUUGUCAUCCCUAGUAAAUUUGAUGCUUUAUCCAUUGCUUUGUUCACAUGUAUUUUUUAUCAUUUUGGUUAGUCUGUGAUAAAGCUACUUUUACCAAUUAGGUGUUGCAAUGAAUAGCCCUGCCCCGGCAAGUGCAUUCUCAAAUGCUUUGUUAAAUGAAUUUUUAUCCCCCCAUAAAUAAAUUUUAUCAUUCCUGUUGGUGCAUAAAAGAACGCCAUUCCUGUGCUGAUUGGUGAUUGUCCAAGAAUAAAUCAGACAUAAAAAAUGGAUCAUUUGCUUAACAGGAAUAAAGUUGGUGAUGGAUUCGUGGCCGAGGCUUAGAUUGAAAUGGUCAGACUGUUCAAUGGGAAAUUUGGUCUCACCAUCACAAAGAUACUCUGAGGCAUAGAUACAAACAUUUGAGGAGGCAAUGUAAUGAUACAAAGGUUCUUCUUGAACAGAUAGGGUUGUCUUGAGAUCAGGAGAAAUGGUGACCUCUGAGAUUAUGUCUAAGAUUCUUAUAUCUAGGUACUCAAGUGCUUAUGAAACAACUCAGGCUUUGCAAUCUCAAGACCAGAGAGGCCUGUUAGAGUGUGCACACCUCCUGAUAGUUGCCAGUUGAUGAUUACCACUAAACAGUUUUGUGGUCAAAUCACAAGAAGGGGGGAAAAAAAGACUGCUAAGAUGUUUGGCAGUCAAAAAAAUUAUAUUGGAAGAAGCCUAAAGGAUUUUCUCACCUUGUCCUCUUGAUUUCAAGUCAUAUAUUGGAAGACUAGGAGUGAUUGUGGAAGACACUUCUGACUAGCUUAAGCAGGGGGUAUAAGUGUUUUUCUGUUCAUAACAAGGGGGAAGAAAUGGGCACCCAAACGCCUGCAAGUAGCAAUCGUACAAGGACAAACUGGACACCAGCAAUGGAGUGCUAUUUUAUUGAUCUUUUGUUAGAUCAGGUGCAUAGGGGGAAUAGGAUGGGCCAUACAUUAAAAAAACAAGCUUGGACUGAUAUGCUGACCGUUCAAUGCCAUUUUGGAUCCCCAUAUGAUAAAAAGGUCUUGAAAAGUCACUACACUAAUUUGUGGACUCAAUUCAAUGAGUUGGUCAGAAUGGAUUUUCAUGGGAUGAUACUAAACAAAUGGUGGUUGCCAGUCAUCAUGUUUGGGAUGCUUACAUCAAGGCUCACCCAGAGGCACAAUUCUAUAGAAACAAAGCCUUGAUGAACUACAAUGAUUUGUGUUUGAUAUAUGCACAUACAACAGGAGAUGGAAGAUACAGCCUAUCAAGUCAUGAUAUAGACUUUGAUGAUGACAUUCAAGGAGUGAAUACUGGUGUGUUUUUAUAUCCUGUCAUGGAUCAGCAGAAAUGAUGCAUAUGCGAGUGGCAUUGGAAUGCGCACCCAAAUGCACACUCAUAUCAUAGGAAGGCCUUGCUAAGCUAUGGAGAUUUGAAUUGAUAUUUGGAAAUGCAAUCAGCAACGGACAUUGCAGUCAUUUAUGGCAAGGGAGAAACUUUGAAGAUGAUAUAAUACAUAUCAAGACGGUUGAAGAAAAGGAGGGCUGUACCUCUUCUAAUAGUGAAUGUCUUUAAACAAAGUGGACAUCAACAAUGGAUCGUUACCUCAUUGAAUUGUUACCAGACCAGGUGCUUAGAGGGAAUAAAAUUGGUCAUGGAUUUGUGUCUGAGGCAUGGAUUGAAAUGGUUGGACUGUUCAAUGCAAAAUUUGGAUGUCACAUGACAAAGAUGGUCUGAGGAAAAGAUACAAACAUUUGAGGGGACAAUAUAAUGAUAUAAAGGUUCUUCUUGACCAGGGCGGGUUUUCUUGUGAUGAAACGGGAGAAAUGGUAACUGCUGAGGAUUAUGUCUGGGAUUCUUAUACCAAUGUGCAUCCUGAUGCUCAGUCAUAUAGAAAUAAAUCUGUUCCCAGCUGUCACAAAUUAUGUGUUUUAUAUGGUGAAGAAAUUUGUAAUGGAAGAUACAGCAUUUCGACGUGCAAUGCAGAUCUUGACAGUGAAGAACCAGAUUUGAGGAUUGGAAGGUUUCUUGUUUCAGCUACAAGAACUUCCCAAAUAAUUUAAGGAAGUUAUUAUCUGCUUAUUUAUUGUCUUAUUUUCUUUGUUGUGUUCUCAACCUACUGUUUGAUUGUUGAAUGCCAGAGUAUGUCUCCCUGUUUUGCAGUGUUUGAUUUGCAUCUUUGGGGGUUUUUGUCA